AUGGUAUGUGCUACCAUACGUUACACGUACGUGGCACAAUUACGCAGAAACACGCUGAUCGGAGAAAUUCUCAAGAACUGGCAAGAAGAAAACGCUAGCUUUGUUCCUACAACAGCAUGUGGAGUCAUUGAAGAAAAACUUAAAAAUCAGAAUCUUGUAACUGUUGUUGGAAACUCUGGAUCCGGAAAAUCGGCAAUAAUUCAACAUAUUGCACUGAAGUAUAAAGAGAGGGGAUGGAACGUGACACCGGUGGAUAAGGUGGAAGAGAUUAAGGAAGUAUGCUCGCAUGGAAUCCUGUCAGAAAAUCAGACCCUUUUUGUACUCAACGAUCCUUUAGGUAAGGAAUCCUUAGAUGAAAUAUCAUAUCAUUCAUGGAAAACGUAUCAGAAUACGCUGGAAAUUUGUUUGAAAAGGGUUAAAUUAUUGGUAUCGUGUAGAAGAUGCGUUGUUUAUGACAAGAGAGUGAAGGGUAUUCUAUUGGAGGAUUCCACUAUAGUUGAGAUUGACAACGAAGAAAAUGGAAUGACAGAUGAAGAGAAAAGAGCAAUCUUCAAAAGGUACACACGGGGUCUGCAGGUAUCCGAAGAUAUUACUACAGAAAUUACUAAAACAGAAGCUUAUUUUCCAUUGCUUUGUAAGCUUUUUUCUAGGGAGUUAAAUUUCAAGGAAAAGGGGGUUGAUUUCUUCAAAUAUCCAUACAAAUUCAUUAAGAAGGAAAUUGAAAUAUGGAAGAAAACAGAUAAAAAGAAGUUUUGCGCUCUUGUCUUAGUUGCAGCUUUUAAAAACAAUCUGAAUAUUGAUUCUAUUAGAGGAAAUGACAAUUCUAUACGAAAAUAUAAAGACAUUUUAGGAAUGUGUGAAUUAAAAAAAAACACAAACAUUUCAGUCAUUCGCAAUACUCUACAAGAACUGGAAGGAUCUUAUGUCAAACGUGUCGGACAAGGAUUCCAAUUCCUUCACGACUUUAUUAUGGAGAUAGCGACUUUGGUGUUUGGUGUUGAUUGUCCACGAGAGACAAUACAUUAUACGGACAGUGGUUUUCUUAGGCGCAGGAUGAAGCUAGAGGACGACAUAGAAGAGAAAGAUCGCAAUCCCUUCACUGUUUACCUGCCUGAAGAGUACAUAGGUGAUCUUGUAAACAGGUUUAUCAUGGACAUUCAGACAGAACAUAUAAUAGACGUACUUUUAAAUCCCUGUUUAAGGAAUGAAAGUGUGAUCGGCUACUUUAAAGAAAAAUUAAAUUCUCUCGAAAAUCUCCCAAAGCUUUCUUUAAAUAUCAAGUGUGAAAUAGACAGAUCAGAAUUUCUAAAAGCUUUUGAAGGCUUUGGCUUUUCGAGACUUGCUUUCCUUGAACUGAAAGAUGAAAUAUGUCCUAUGACCGGGUUCAUCACAUUUUGUCAUGAUGACAUUUCUUCAUUUUUCUUGAAAAGUAUCCCUCAAACUACAUUGCAGCAUUUAUUUAUAUUUUCUGCUGUGUGUGCAAAUGGUGAUUCAAAGCUACUAGAUUGUCUUAACCAGGAAUAUAAAAAGACGGCUGUAUUUGAAAUGUGGGGAAAACUUUUACCUAUCCAUAUUGCUUCCGUCUUCCAUAACUUUUCAAUUAUACCAGAGAUAAUAAAACUCGGCGCUAAUGUCAACACGUUUACCUCUGAUGAAAUGUAUACGCCAUUAUUACUGGCUGCAGCAAAUGAUGAAGAGCAUAUACAGGAGGCGGGAAAGGAGAAAGAAGAGGGCGAAAGACGUAAUAAAACUGUUCAGUGUCUACUGAAAAAUGGCGCUGAUAUAAAUUUACGAAGCAAAAUAGGAUAUGGUCCCCUCCAUGCAGCUUGUGAAAAUGGAUAUGACAGCACAGUCAAAGUAUUACUACGGAGAGACGCCCGUGUUAAUGCACAUUCUAACAGCGGAGAGAGGCCUCUUUUUAUAGCUUGUAAAAAUGGACAUAACAGCACGGUUCAACUUUUGCUUAGCAACGGCGCAGAUAUCAAUUUAUGUGAUUAUAAUGGAACGAGCCCUCUGUGGAUAGCUUGUCAAAAUGGACAUGACAGCACGAUUCGACUAUUACUGAGCAAAGGCGCCGAUAUUAAUUUAUGUUAUAACGAUGGAACGAGCCCUCUGUGGAUAGCUUGUCAAAACGGACAUGACAGCACGGUUCAACUAUUACUGAGCAACGGCGCCAACAUCAAUUCAUGUGAUAAUGAUGCAACAAGUCCUCUUUGGAUAGCUUGUCAAAAUGGACAUGGCGGCACGGUACAACUUUUACUUGAAAAAGGUGCAUAUAUUAAUAUAUGCAAGAAAGGUGAUUACAGCCCACUGUUUAUAGCAUGUCUUCAUGGUCAUGAAAGCGUGGUUCAACUUUUACUGAACAAAAGUGCUGAUGUCAAUUUAUGUGACGAAAAUGGAUUCGGUCCUCUUCAUGUGUCUUGUCAAAAGGGAAUAUACAGUAUUGUACAACUGUUAUUAAAGAAAGUGGCCAGUGUUAAUUUGUGCACAAAAGACAAUAUUAGUCCUCUCCAUAUAGCAUGUUUUCAUGGUCAUUUUAGAACGGUCCAGCAUUUACUGAACAGUGGCGCCGAUAUGAAUUUAUGCGAAAAUGAUGGAGCCAGUCCUCUCUACGUAGCUAGUCAAAAAGGACAUGAGAAUAUUGUGAUGUUGUUACUAAAACAUGGUUCUGGUGUCAAUUUAUCCAAGAAAGGCAAUUACAGUCCUCUGUAUACAGCAUGUCUUCAUGGUCAUAAAAACACUGUUCAGCUGUUAUUGAACAAUGGUGGUGAAGUGAAUUUAUGUGCAAAAAAUGGAUUCGGUCCUCUUUAUGUGUCUUGUUUCCAAGGAAACGACAGCAUUGUCCAACUGCUCCUGGAGAAAAACGCCGCGGUUAAUUCUUGCAUAAAAGGAAAUUUUACAUAUAGUCCUCUAUAUGCAGCAUGUUUUUAUGGUUAUUUUAAAACGGUUCAGCACUUACUAAACUAUGGCGCAAAAAUAAAUAUUUGUGUCGGCAAUGGAUUCAAUCCUCUUUAUAUUGCUUGUUAUAAUGGACAUAACAGCACAGUCCAGUUAUUACUGGACUAUGGCGCAAACGCCAAUUUAUGUGCAAAUAAUGGAAACAGUCCACUAUACAUAGCAUGUGAAAGGAAACAAAACAAAGCAGUUGAACUGCUACUAAAUAAGGGCGCCGAUAUUAAUUUAUGUAAUAACGAUGGAGCCAGUGCUCUCUAUGUAUCUUCUUACAACGGUCAUGAGAGCAUAGUCAAGUGGUUACUUGAUAAGGACUCCGAUGUUAAUUUAUGCAUGAAAGGCAAUUUUAGUCCUCUGUAUGCAGCAUGUCAAAAUGGACAUGACAGCACGGUUCAAAUUUUAUUGAAUAAAGGUGCCGAUGUCGUUAAAUGUGAUGACAAGGGAAUUAGUCCUCUCUCUGUGGCUUGUGAAAAAGGAUUCAGUAGCAUAGUGGAACUUUUACUGAAAAACAAAGCAGACGUUAAUUUAUGUAGCAACGAUAAAACAAGUCCACUCUUUUUAGCUUGCAAAUAUGGACAUGAUGCUAUUGUAGAACAUUUAUUGAACUUAGAUGCUGACAUCAAUUCCAUCAACAGAAAUGGCGACACUCCUCUAUAUAUUGCUUGUUUAAAAAAACACAAAAGCACCGUCGAACUCUUAGUAAAGGCUAAUGCAGACGUGAACCUAUGUAAUAAAGACGGCUUUAGUCCACUGCUUAUUUCUAUUCAAAAUGGACUCAACGACAUAGUCCAACUGUUACUGGAAAAUGGUGCCAAUAUCAAUUCAUGA